AUGUCUCCUCCGAUGAACGCAUCUUUGACCCACGAAAAAGAUCACGAUCAGCCUUCUGCGCACUCACCCGCUUCGUCAGAGUACGGUAGUAUGCGCCACCACUCUCAUGGUGCAAACUAUGUCGGAAGCAUCCAUUGGUCUGCUGUUCUUGACAGCAUUUCCGAGCUCAAGGAUCAUUACGAAAAGGAAGAAGAGGCAAGGAUGCUGGCCAAUAGUGACCCGGCUCCCUAUCGCAGCCCUGGCCCUCUUCUUCUAUACCAACCUGUUCACACAACAAAAGCGGAGAUUCUGGCCUCGAUACCUCCUCGUGGUCAUUUCCUCAAGCAGUAUGAAAACUUCUGGCAAGAUCCCGCUUCCGCAUCUUUGCUAUGGCUUGGCCUUUUAUUCAGCAUGAUGGCUCUUUCAACACAACACCAGCAGUUGAUAGAGGAUACCCCAGAGGCUGAAGCUUUAAUCCGAAUUUCCAAUUUCCGUGAGAGAAUAGUUCAUUGCCUUGUCCUCGGCGAGUUUACCAAGGGCACAAAAUAUAUUCUGGAGACCCUUAUUCACUACAUCACCCUUGAGCUGCUUUUAUGCAAAGAUGCAGACAUUGGCGCGUGGCUAGUAAUGGGUAUAAUUUUGCAGCUUGCCCUGAGUCGCGGAUACCAUCGAGAUCCUCAAAACUUUCCAAAGAUAUCACUCUUUGAUGCGGAAAUGAGACGUCGCGUAUGGGCUGUCAUAGUGCAGAUGGAUCUCCGUCUAUCAAGUCAGAUGGGAUUUCCACGUCUCCUCAAGUUACACCAGUGUGAUACAAUCGAACCAUUGAAUCUCAUUGAUUCAGACUUCGACGAAACUACUACUGAGAUGCCACCAUCCAGAUCAGAGAACGAUAUCACCCCCGUUCUUUACCUCAUAGCAAGGAAUCGAAUUGAUCAUAUAAGUGGACAAGUCAGCGAUCUACUUGCAAACACUCAAGAGCAUUCAUACGCAGAAGUCAUGAGACUGGACGGCAACCUUCAAGAGGCCAAUGAAUUGCUCCCACCUAUUUUUCAAUGGCAACCUCUCAGUCAGUCAUUGACGGUGCCACCUCAUAUUGUCAUGCAGCGCAUUUGGCUCCAGCUAUCUAUCCCGCGCAUGACGAUCUGGCUGCAUCGGAAGUAUCUGGGUUCGGCAUAUGAUAAUGGGGAAUAUGAAUACUCGAUAAAAGCAUGCAUCCAAGCAGCCAUCCAAAUAGUUGAAUUUCAAAAAUUACUAGACGAUGAAACGCAGUCGGAUGGUAUGUUGUAUCCAGUUCGGUGGAUGUUGACGUCGCUCAGCCGAUUUGUCUUUCUACUCGGGAUGAGUAUUCUCUGCUACUAUGUUCAACUAUCCAAGAAAGCUCCAGAGGGUCUUUCAGAUAAUGAAAUGACCACAAAGAUCUACGACUUACUGCAUAGCAUAUACCCCAUUUGGCUGCGUUGGAGCCCUGGAUCUCGUGAGGCUCAAAAGGCUGCAGAGCAUCUGAGUCUUAUACUGGGACUAGGAGGGAGAGGUGACUCGGAUGCUAAUUUACAACAUCAUGGGCAAACACCUGGAAAUAGCGCCCUUGUUUCUCAGUUUGGCUUGUAUGCCGAUUCUACCAUGCCCUGCGAUCCGUUCACUUGGAACGACUAUCAAGGUGAGCAAAAUUUUGAAUCCAUUUCUUAA